CGUUGCACAAAAGAAAAAUGUAAUAAGCAUUAAAAUUGUAUGAACCUCGGAAGAAAAUGACAUAUUAGAUUCCACAAAUCAUAAAGCCUUAAGCGCGAGAAGAGUGUGUCUCCUUCCGUAAUUCUGCUAAACUGCAAAGCCCAAUUCUCGUCGUCUCCUUCCCAUUCAACAGUCUUAAUUUUCCGGAACCCCAAACACCGUGAGGAUUGUAUGUCCGGAAGAAGCGAUUUAUCGAUAAUUUUGUACAGUAGAUCUCAAUCCCCAGAUUUUCCCUCGUGAAGCCAUUGAUUCUACGCAUUCCUCUCUCGUCUAGUGUGUGAUUCCAGAGAAGAUGAAGAAGGAUGAAAAGAAUCGUUCAACGGGAAGGACCAUAUGCACCAGAUCUCUAGCAGUAGCUUCUGCCUCAACAGAACACGAAUCCCCUGGUUUGAGGAGGUCAAACCGAGGAACACCUUCCACGUCUACGAAGCUGAUAGCUCCUCCAACGUCUAGUACCAGAAAGUCAGAGAGAAAGGCUCCCCCACCUGCCACAGUUACAAAAAAGUCUGCUAGAAUGGAGAAGAAAAGCACCGCAAGUCCGUCGCGAAGGUCCGACAAGGGAAAGAAUGUAUCCUCGGAGAAUUCCAAAGGACUAGAUAAGCCUGGCAAGAAGAACGCAGUCACUUCAUCGGGUACUGAGGAGAGCAAGGAUGAAAUGGUAAAUAAUGUACAAGAGUCGACAGAUUCGGUCAAGAAAUACGAGCCUAAAAUGACAGGCCGAAGUUACAGGGCAAUGAUUAGAGGGCUUCUCAGGAAGGAUGGUGAUGCUCCUUCGAAUGAAGAGGAGCCAAUAGUGGUUGGUUGUUCUCGCCGCGUACCUGCAGGAAAUGAUGAUGCUAGAGAGGGUAACGGUUCACCACAUGCGAACUCAGAAUCAAAAACGCUGCCAGUUGGCGAAACUAGUUUAGAGAAGGGCACUGGUGUUCCUGUGAAGUCAAUUAGGGACACGGAAAAUAUGGUGCUUGAUGCACCCCCCGUCAUUGAAGCUAGGGAUGACAGUAUUAUAGGUUCACCAUCUAAGAAUCUAGAAACACAAAAGCUUCCUGUCAGUACAUCUAGCCUAGAAGCCAACAUAGAUUUGCCUUUGAAAAGAAAAAGGGACAGUGCAGGAAUGGUGCUGGAUGCGUGUGCUGUAGUUGCAAAUUCAGAUGACCGCGUUCUGAGCUCUAAUGGGGUCGUUCCAUCUCCAUCCGGGUGUAAAGAUGACAAUCAAUCUGAAAGGUGCACCACAUGUGGAAAACGGCAGAAGGUCAACGAUGAUUUUGAAAAUCUGAGUGCUUGCUCCUGCACUGCCCAGCCAGUUCAAGAAUCUGACCACGUGGCACAGGAUAUGAAGGAACCUGUACCCGCUACUAGUAGAGACUCUGGGGAGACCAGGAAAAAUAUACAACAAGAUAUAUCAUAUGAUCCCAAAUUGUCAUCGAUGUAUCAAGAGUAUUGGGUUCCAGUGCAGUUAUCAGAUGUACAGCUGGAGCAAUACUGUCAAACUCUCGUCUCCAAGUCUUUAUCUCUUUCUUCGCUGUCGAAAAGUGAUAUUGUUGGAACUCUCGAAGAAACUCUCACUUCUGUAAGGAAAACCUGUGACCACCCAUAUGUUAUGGAUGCAUCUUUGAAACCACUGCUCACCAAGAAUCUGGAGUUGCAUGAAUUCCUGGAUGUAGAAGCAACACACAGCCCUGGGGGGCUUCUGCUUGCUAAUAUUCUCGAAGAUUUUGUGUGUCAAAGAUUUGGUCAAGAUUCUUAUGAGCAUUGGGUCUCUCACGGAAAGAAGAGCGCCAUCAACAAUUUCAACAAGGAGAGUCAAUGUUUUGUUCUGCUGUUGGAAAUACGUGCCUGCAGUCAAAGCAUUAAACUCUUGCGGGCUGAUGCUUUAAUUAUUUUUGGAAGCAGCUUGAAUCCAUCGCAAGAUGUUAAGCUCAUAGAGAAGAUAAAGAUUGAGUCACAUUCUGAAAGAACUAAGAUAUUCCGGUUAUACUCAAUAUGUACAGUUGAAGAAAAAUCCCUGGUUCUGGCUAGGCAAAAUAGGCGUCUAGAGAACCUAAACCGUCCCCUCACACAUGCACUGCUAAUGUGGGGGGCUUCAUAUUUAUUUAAUAAGCUGGAUCACUUUCAUGGCAGUGAAACCCGAGAUUCGGGAGUUCUGUUUGAACAGUCUAUUAAGGAUGGCGUGAUUCAUGAAUUCUCGUCCAUACUUUCUUCCGAUGCUGGGGAAGAAAAUGAAGGCAAGCUGUGUCUACUUUUGGAACCCAAGCAUGCUCAGGGAACUUACAGCACUGAUUCUACUCUAUUUGGUGAAAAACAUGUCAAGUUGUCAGAUGAAGAUAGUCCAAAUAUAUUUUGGACAAAGCUGUUGGGGGGAAAGAAGCCUAUGUGGAAAUACUGUUCAGAUAAUCCUCAAAGGAUUCGUAAAAGAGUACGGUAUCUUGAGGGCCCUGAAGAGACUGCCCAAAUUGGCAGCGGCGGGAAUAUAAAGAAGAGAAUGAAGACUUCCGACGAUGUCACAGGAGAUAACGAUGAAAGAAAAGCCUCUGGGAAGGAUAACAUGGGGGCUUUGGAGUCACCAAAUGUCACAAGACACGACUCAUCACGUAAAUCUGCUUCUGGUACUAAUGAUACAUUGAGUGGAAGCGAUGCUUUUGGCUUGUAUUCUAUGGGCGGUCAUAUCUCUGGAAUUCCAGAAGAUAUGUUAGCUGGCAUUGAUUGGAGACAAAUUCCGCGCGAAUCACAGAGGAGUCUCCAUGCUGUUUUAAAGCCGGAGAUGGCAAAACUUUGCCAAGUUUUGCAUCUGUCAGAAGAUUCGACAAGCAUGGUUGAAAAAUUUCUUGAAUAUGUUAUUGAAAACCAUCGUGUCUGCAGAGAGCCAGCCACCACAUUGCAGGCCUUACAGGUAGCCUUGAGUUGGAUUGCAGUCUCGUUCGUAAAGCAAAAUCUUAACCGCGAAGAAUCUCUGGUCAGCGCAAAAUCGGAAUUAGCUUUCAGUUGCUCUAGAGAAGAGAGUCUAUUCUUGGAGCGCACACAAGGUAGCCAUUGUAGGUCAGUAGCAGAAGAUGUCGAAAAGACUAUUAGCGACCUCAAAAAGAAAUUCCGUAAGAGACGGCAAAAGCUUGUACAAAUUCACGAGGCAAAAAAGGUGGAGUUGGUGAAUAUAUAUGCAGACAAGAAGGAGAAACUUGAAACUUGUAAAAAGGUGGAAGCAUCAUAUAUUCGUGUUACAUAUUCAGGGAUAAGUACUCAGAGCUUACAGGAUGCUCUCAAACGACUGGAAUAUGAUUCUAAAAUAAAGCUUGAUAAACUCAACACUGAGUUGGAUGAAUGCCUUAAAAGUCUGGAGCAAAUGCACGAGGAUGCAAAGAAGAAGUUGGCUGAGGAUGAAGCCUGUUGGAUUAGACGGAUUAAGAACUGGGAGCAAGCUGAAUUAAUGAAUUGUGCUCCCAUUCAAAGUGGCAACAACAAGCAUUUUACUGGAAUAUGCCCAUCAAACACUUCCAAAAAUGCUCCUAAUGUACACACUUGCAAUGAUGCCAGUGGUGAAGCUACUUCCGCUGAUACGAAUUGCAUGGUUUCCAAGGGAAAUCAACUGCCAGAAGCAGAAAACACAUUAAGAACCAUGUCGGGUGGUAGCACUCAACAAGUUCAUGAAAUGGUGGCGUCAAGAAAUGACAAGGCGUUGGAUGUCGCAACCUUGUCUCGUGAACAGCCUACAGACAAUGUGGCUACAAAGAGCCAGCCCAAUGAGCAAGCUUCUAUCACGACGCCUGAGAUUUUGAUUCCUGCUGGCUGUCAAGAAUACCAGAGUUGUGACAGAAUGACAUCAGCAACACCAGAUGAAGAUGUUCCCUCAAGGGUGCCAGAGAUAUCCCAGUCAUUUGCAAAUCUCACAAAGUCUGCCUCUAGCGAGAUUUCUUUGAAUAGAAAGGAGGCUAUAAAAAAUAAUAGAAUAUGUCAUGCGGGUUCUGAUGCUAAUGACAUUUUGGACCAGCAGAAGGAGGAAGCCUGUUCUCUUGACAAGGAAAUUCCUGACAAGUUGGCGUUGCCUAUGCCAUCCCCUGCGUCUGUGGUAGAGACUAUGGGUUCUGUUGAAUCUGAUCCGGAUGAUCAAGACAUAUGUCCUACGCCUUCCUCGCCGGCUGGAGAGCAGUCUGACCCAGCAGCAAACAUCCAAGGCCAAAAUAAGGAAGUAUCAAUUGAGCCUCAGCCACUUGGAUCUCCUAUGCCUUCUUCACCGGCUGGACAGCAAACUGGCUUAGGAGAAAACAUUCAGGGCCAAGAUAAGGAAGCAGCAAUUGAGCCUCAGGCAGGUGGUUAUUCAAUGCCUUCUUCACCGGCUGGAAAGGAACCUGACCCAGUAGCAAACAUUCAGGGCCAAAAUAAGGAAGCAGCGAUUGAGCCUCAGGCAGGUGGAUCUCCUAUGCCUUCUUCACUGGCUGGACAGCAACCUGACUUAGCAGCAAACAUUCAGGGCCAAAAUAUUGAAGCAGCGAUUGAGCCUCUGCUAGCUGGAUCAGAAACAGUAGAGACUGGUGGUUUUGCCGCACUAGCGCAGGGUGAUCAAGUUGCAUGUUCUUUUCCAUCUUCACCGGCUGGAAAUCAGCCUAGUUCGGGCGCAAACAUUGAGGGCCCAAAUAUCAACACAUCAGUCGAAUCCCACAUAGUUGGUGCAGGUGCAGUAGAGAUUGCUGAUUCCGCAGUAUCAGAUCAGGAAAUAUUGGGUGCUCAGGAUGCAUGCGAUCUGCCAUCUCCAUUGGUUGGAACUCAGGCUGACGUAGCAGCAAACAGUGAGGGCCAAAUAAUCACAACAGUGGCUCAGGUUCACACAGCUGGAUCAGAUGCAGUAGAAACUGGUUGUUCUCGUGUAUCAGAACAGUGUGCUCAGAAUGCAUCUCCUCUGCCAUUUUCUUCGCCUGGAAAUCACCCUGAUGGAGCAGUUAACACUGAGGGACUAAAUAACACAACAGUGGCUGAGCCUCACACAACUGGAUUAGAUGCAUGCGAAAUGGAUAUAGCAGAACCUGGUCCCCAAGUUGAACGAUUAACCGUUGCAAAUAACGUUGCACAGCUUGUCCAUGAAGGUGGUGUGGAGCCUUCAGCAGGUGUAACGGCCCCUGUUCCAUCACUUGUUAACAAUGGUACGGGACAGAGUGCCCUUCAACCUGUUCCGCACAUACCUUUCCCAGUGUUCAGUGACCCAUUUCAGCAUGAACUGGAGAAGCUGCGGAGAGAAGCAGAGAACGUAAAGAAGACCUAUGAAGAACAAAAAUCAAUCUUGAAAGCUGAACUCGAUAGGAAGAUGGCUGAAGUACAAGCAGAGUAUCAUAGAAAGUUUCAUGAGGUAGACGCCGAGCUUACCGCCAGAACGAAGAAGAUAGAGACGAGCAGGAAUCUAUUUAUAAUGAACAAACUGUUGGCGAGUGCGUUCUCGUCGAAAUGCAAUAGCAGGAACGCAUCUCAUCUCUCAGCAGCUUCAAGGGGUAGAAUGCAGCAGCUAGCACAGAGAGCAUCACAAUUGAACGCACUGAGGAAUUAUAGUGCUCCUGCUCCUCAGCAGCCUCAGGCAUCUUCUUUUCCUUCUUCAGUUUCUCGCCUUUCAGGCCUUGCUCUGAAUACGGCGCACUGCCCAAUGCCUCAGCCAAGACAGCCUCUCACCUCCAACACAGCUCCAUCUUUAUCAGCUUCUCGUGCAGCUAAUCCAGCUGUCAAUGGAAGACUACAUCUUCCCGUAUCGCAUGUCACAAUUCACAACUCAAUCUUCACCCUCAAAGAAUGGAGAGCCCGAACGAAUGGCGAGAAGAGAAAUCGGAUCAGGACUCAAUCAACUAGCCGAUGCGCGAUUUGCUUGGAUGUGAUUCGGAAGGAAGACGGGAAGGCCAUAUUUACCGCAGAGUGCUCCCACUCCUUCCAUUUCGAUUGUAUAACAUCCAACGUGAAACACGGAAACAGGAUAUGCCCUUUAUGCAGAACUCAAUGGAAACAAGUCCCUUUCGGUGAUGAUGCUACUGUUCCUGUCCCUGUCCCUACCUUUCCUGCUCAAAGGGGUUUUGAAGAUGAUGAGUUUUUACCUCAUGGGGAGUCUCCAGUACAGCGUGGUGAUCGUGAUCAUCAUUCCGGCCAUCAAGCCCUCGAGAUUAACCUGUUCCCACAAGUCUCUGCAGUGGCGAAACCGGUCACUCGUGGUGACUUUGCUGUCCUGGUUCAUCUUAAGGCGGAGGGUGUGAGUGACGAUAGACCCAUUCGUGCUCCUUUGGAUCUCAUUACGGCUGUUAACUCCUUGGUUUCCGAGUGCGGCACAAACAUUGCAGAGGGGCUGAAGAUUGGUGCUAGAGUGAUUGAGGAUAGGCGAUGGAAGAACCCUGUUUCAGGGAUGAUGCUCUUGUCAGAUGGAAGCUACAGAAGCCGCAUAGCAUCUGAUGCAAGAACCGCCACCAUCGAUGUCGGAGACAUGUACGCAGAAGAGGAAAGGGACUUAAUUGUGAUUCUUGACAUUCCCUGCUGCGACAAUGGUUCUGCUGCAUCUGAAUCCAUGUCGUUGCUGAAGGUUAGAGGCAUCUACAAAGUUCCUGUUACGAACGAGAUAGUCCACGUGGAAUCUGGAGAGCUAAGCAUCCAAAGGCCAGUGGAGCUAACAGGAGAGGAAGUGGUGUCCAUAGAAGUUGACAGACAACUAAACAGGUUCCUUGUUUCACAAGCUAUGUCAGAGGCUAGGGUUUUAGCCGAUGGAGGUGAGCUCAUUGCUGCAGUUGUGCUUCUCAGUAACCGUGAGAGAGAAUUGUCUGAGACAGUAAGGAUGGGGAGCCGGAUAACGUAUCGAAGAUCAGGGCGAGCUUACGCCUUCUCGAGCAUAAGCUCGCAUUCGGCUCAAAGAGCAACGGCUCGUGGAGACUCGACUCAUGGUUAUAGCCCGGUGCAGGCUUAUCAGACGUCUCCAAUGGCUCGUAUGAGAGAAAUUGAGUUGGUUGGGUCUGAACCGGGACAUGUCUCUACCCCCAAAAAGAUGGCGAACGCGAACAACUGGCAAGAAGCGAAAUCGGAUCUGGAGUCGAACGAAGGUCUCAAUCUUCCCAAAACCCUAGACCCCUCGUCAGCUUCUUCCACCGGUGCCUCAAGACCAUCCGUUGACGCGACCCAGACCGAUUCAUCUUCUGCUCGCCCUCGGCCUACUUCUUCCUCUUCAGGCCCUUUCUCUAAGAGCCGAUGCGCGAUUUGCUUGGAUGAGAUUAGGAAGGAAGACGGGAAGGCCAUAUUUACCGCAGAGUGCUCCCACUCCUUCCAUUUCGAUUGUAUAACAUCCAACGUGAAACACGGAAACAGGAUAUGCCCUUUAUGCAGAACUCAAUGGAAACAAGUCCCUUUCGGUGAUGAUGCUACUGUUCCUGUCCCUGUCCCUACCUUUCCUGCUCAAAGGGGUUUUGAAGAUGAUGAGUUUUUACCUCACGGAGAGUCUCCAGUACAGCGUGGUGACCGUGAUCAUCAUUCCGGCCAUCAAGCCCUCGAGAUUAAGCUGCUCCCACAAGUCUCUGCUGUGGCGAAAUCGGUCACUCGUGGUGACUUUGCUGUCCUGGUUCAUCUUAAGGCGGAGGGUGUGAGUGGCGAUACGCCCACUCGUGCUCCUCUUGAUCUCAUUACGGUUCUUGAUGUGAGUGGUAGCAUGGAAGGAAUGAAAAUGGAGCUUAUGAAAAACGCCAUGGGCUUUGUGAUACAGAAUCUUGGAGAGUCGGAUAGGCUUUCCGUGAUUUCCUUCUCCUCCACGGCUCGCCGGCUAUUCCCUCUUAGACUGAUGACUGAGGCGGGCAAGCAAGCGGCGAUGCAGGCUGUUAACUCCUUGGUUGCUGGCGGUGGGACAAACAUUGCAGAGGGGCUGAGGAUUGGUGCUAGGGUGAUUGAGGAUAGGCGAUGGAAGAACCCUGUUUCAGGGAUGAUGCUCUUGUCAGAUGGGCAGGACAACUUUACUCUCGGAAGCUACAGAAACCGCAUGUCAUCUGAUGCAAGAACGGCCACCAUCGACGUCGGGGACAUGUACGCAGAAGAAGAAAGGGAUUUCCUCGUGAUUCUUGACAUUCCGUGCUGCGACAACGGGUCUGCUGAAGCUGAAUCCAUGUCGUUGCUGAAGGUCCGAUGCGUCUACAAAGAUCCUGUAACGAAUGAGAUAGUCCAUGUGGAAUCCGGAGAACUAAGCAUUCAAAGGCCAAACGAGCUAACGGGACAAGAAGUGGUGUCCAUAGAGGUUGACAGACAACUAAACAGGUUCCUUGUUUCACAAGCUAUUUCAGAGGCUAGGGUUUUAGCCGAUGGAGGUGAUCUCAGUGCAGCAGUUGGGCUUCUGGGAAACCGUGAGAGAGAGUUGUCGGAGACAGUGUCUGCUCGAUCCAGUGAUAGGCUUUGUCAAUCACUAUCCUCCGAGUUGAGUGCGGUGCAAGAAAGGAUGACAAGCAGGAGGGUGUACCAAAACUCAGGUCGAGCUUACGCCUUCUCGAGCAUGAGUUCGCAUUCAGCUCAAAGAGCAACGGCUCGUGGCAUGGUCUCUGGAUUUGGAAUGCAUCAUAUAUGUGGCGCGCCCGCGCCCCAGGCUUAUCAGACGUCUUCAAUGGCUCGUAUGGUGAGUCGGUCGCAGCAACUGGGGAUCGGAAGUUCUAAACCGUCACCGUCCCCUGCUCGUGGAGACCGAACCUGA